GACCACCAACAGUUUAGUCUCUCGUCUGAGUUUAUACACGAACGCAGGAAAAGAAGAAAGAUGGCAGAAGUUGCUCCAGCUCCCGCCGCCGCCGCCCCGGCUAAAGCAGCCAAGAAGAAGGCCGCAAAGCCCAAGAAGACCGGUCCCAGCGUCGGAGAGCUGAUCGUGAAAACCGUCGCCGCUUCUAAGGAGCGCAGCGGCGUGUCAGCGGCUGCGCUCAAGAAGGCUCUGGCGGCCGGAGGAUACGAUGUGGACAAGAACAAGGCCCGCGUCAAGACCGCCAUCAAGAACCUGGUCGCCAAAGGAACCCUGGUCCAGACCAAGGGUGUCGGAGCCUCCGGAUCCUUCAAGAUGAGCAAAAAUGUGGAACCUAAAGCAAAGAAGCCAGCAAAGAAAGCUGCCGCUCCCAAAGCUAAGAAACCCGUCGCCAAGAAGCCCGCUGCGGCCAAGAAGUCCCCUAAGAAGGUUAAGAAGCCGGCAGCGGCGAAAAAACCUGCAGCUGCCAAGAAGUCACCAAAGAAGGUGAAGAAGCCGGCUGCGGCCAAGAAGGCAGCCAAAAGCCCAAAGAAGGUCACCAAGAGCCCCAAGAAGGUGGUGAAGAAGGCCCCUGCAGCCAAGAAGACCCCAACUAAGAAGGUAGCGAAGCCCAAAGCCAAGAAGGCAACUCCUAAGAAGAAGUGAACUUUUCACUAAACCCCACAAAGGCUCUUUUAAGAGCCACCACAUCAUCCAAAGAGUGUAUCCAAUUUUUUAGUUAUGAAUUUAGGUUACUUAAAUGCACUUUUGAUACACACCAACGUGGCCUCAAUCAGGGGUGUCAAACAUGCGGGCUGGCGAGAUGGUUGUGUAAACUUUAUUUUCAUACUUUACAAUGUAGAGUGAAAAUAAACUUAUCGUGAGCAAGUUUUCUCUAAUGAGUAUAGAUGCAACAAAGCUGCGCUCAAGGCUCACAAGAACUUGAAUCACAUCCUGAAGAUGGCCGCCACUCAGGAUGUGACUUCUGAUAUUGAUGUGCUGGUGAAAGUUAAAAGAUGUAAAGUAAAAUGAGUCAAAUAUACUUUAAGUAUAUAUCCUUCAGAUUAUUUUACUAUCCUUUUAUUAUAGUUUUUAAUACUUAUUCAGUAUGCUUAUGGAUAUGUGUGUGUGGGUAUGUAUAUAUGUAUAUAUAUGUGUGUGUGUGUGUAAAUGAACAUGUGUGUGGGUAUACAUGUUCUUAUGUGUUUUUAGGCAUUUUUAUUCUCAUUUAUUGUGGUUGUUGUAUUUUUUAGAGAGCGAACAUUUACCGAAGACAAAUUCCUUGUAAAUGUACUUUUACUUGGCCAAUAAAUCUGAAAUCUGA